GCAAAUUUGAAUUGUUUUCAAAAUUAAUUCCUUCAUUGGAUAUAGCAUCGUUUGUUGAUUUUUAAUUUUCUAGAAUAAUUAUUAGUUCCGAUGUUAAUUAGAUAAAGAGAUCAACAGGGAAGAUAUCAACAUGAGUUUAUCAAGUGGGGUGGAGAUAUUUUGUAAUAUUUUGAGUACCACUGUAAUCAUUGGUGGACUGUCGUUGAAGAUACCUCAAAUCAUUUCAGUGGUGAAAGCCAGUAGUACAAGAGGGCUUAGUUUCAGUGGUGUAAUUCUGGAGGAAUGCGCGUAUUCUAUAAUGCUGACAUACCAUUUUGCGUCUGGAUACCCUCUCAUGACAUACUUAGAGUACACUGUGUGUGUGUUGCAAGAUCUUGUACUGAUUAUGCUUAUCCUGCAUUAUAACGACCAAUUUAGUUUGAUGUCAAUUAUUUGGUUUGUAGUAUAUUUUGCUGUAUAUAACUGCAUUGCUUUCAGGAUUUUUCCAGACUUUAUUGUGAACGCAUCUAUAAAUUUGGUAACACCGUUAUCCGUAUUUAGUAAGGCAGCCCAGAUCAAAACCUUAUGGGAAAAGAAAGACUCGGGACAUGUUAGUCUUACUACAUACUCUAUAGCAGCAUACGGAUGUAUAGCUCGUGUGGUUACAACUGCAUUUCAAACAGCUGAUGUUGCAGUUCUUAUCAAUUAUAUUACCAGUGGAUCACUCAAUCUAGUUAUUGUUGCUUUGAUAAUUGUUUACAGCCAAAACAAGAAACACAAACUGUAUUAGAGGGAAAAAUAAGAUUUUCCUAGCACAACUUAUAGUGUUUAUGUUUUUAAUUGUUUUUAUGUUUUUAAUGAAUGUUUCCCUACAUACAUCUUACUUUGUAAUUUUUAUAA